AUGUCUGCGCCUGCCAGUCACGAACAGAUGGUAAAGUACCUCCGGGACACUAUUCAAAUCGCCAAGCGAGCAUGCUCUCUCAACCAUCAUCCAUUCGGCAGUAUCUUGGUGGAUGAAAACGGUACCGUACUACUGCAACACGGAAACUUUGGUCCAGUAAAUCAUGCAGAAAGCGAGUUAGCUAGAAUUGCUGCUAUUUUCUCCAAGAUCCCUACCACCUACCCCGUCCCAGGUGAACACAUCACCGUGCAAGACUCCACCAUCGACCUCGAUGCUCCUUUGGAGGAAGGCCAGUUCAUUCUCAAGCUUCUCUCGCUCUCCGUCGAUCCUUACAUGCGUGGCCGUAUGAGAGACGCCUCCAUCAAGUCGUACUCGCCUGCUUUCCCUCCUGGCAAGCCUAUGACUGGCGACACCGUGAACGUUGUUGUCAAGUCUAACAACGCCAACUUUAAGGAAGGCGAUCUCGUCUACAGCAAGACUGGCUGUGGUAUCUUUGCUGUCCGCAACGAGCCAAAGAAAACCGGUAUACCCAUUACCAACUAUGUUGGCGUCCUUGCCAUGCCUGGUAUGACCGCUUACCCUUCUCUCAAGUUCGGUGCUCCCAAGAAGGGGGAGAAACUUCACGUCUCUGCUGCUUCCGGUGCCGUUGGUCAAUUGGUCGGCCAGAUUGGUAAGACCUUGGGUCUGCACGUUUUUGGCUCUGCAGGUUUUGAUGACAAGGUCGCUUACCUCAAGGAGAUCGGUUUCGAUGCCGCAUUCAAUUACAAGAAGGUUGAUAACUUGACCGAGAAGCUGCGCGAAGUCUGCCCUAACGGAAUUGACAUCUACUUUGAAUUUGUUGGUGGUCAGAUGCUUGAAGCUGUCAUCACCAACUGCAACCAGUUUGGUAGAAUUGUUGGAUGUGGUAUGAUCUCGCAAUACAACCGUGAAAAGCCCGAAGGUAUUCAUAACUUGAUGCAGGUUGUUGCCAAGCGUUUGCGUAUCGAAGGAUUCAUUGUCGGUGACUCCGUGGAGAUGAAGGAGCCUUUCCGCAAGGAUAUGACCAAGUGGCUGUUGGAAGGCAAGAUCAAGUAUCGUGAGACCGUCGCAAACGGCAUUGAACAGACCCCUCAGGCUUUGGUUGAUGUGCUGCGUGGUGACAACUUUGGCAAGCAAGUUGUCAAGGUUGCCGAUCUGUAA